CUGUGGAUAAGGCCCUGGGCGGCCUUGCAAACUCCUGCACGAGUAUGCGAUGAUGAUUUUGGCCUAACACUCUCUGACGCCUGAAACAUCCCCAUACAAUCGGGCUGGCGUUGCUGCAUGCCAUUUUGGACUUUUACAACACUACCGGAGCGAUCUUGAUCUUUUCAUCGUCUCUCCACCUUGUUCGCAGUUUCCACUUGUCCUUUUAUUCUAUCGGUCGUCUUGUGUUUGUGAUCAUCACAUUGGCCUCGCUUGAUAUACGCUUGCUUUGAAUUCGGGAGAGCCAAGGCUGUACUCCUCUAGAAGCAUCACGAAAAUGGGGAUCACUGGUCUGGGAUACUUGACGACCCUGCUCGCAGCUUCUACAUUUGCCUCCCCUCUUGUCAAACGAGCCGAAGAUGUUGUCCAGGGUACUCUGGGAACGGACGGCUAUUGGAACGACUACGACGGUGGAUCGAAUCAUUACACACAAUAUGAAGGGAACGGUACAGUCGCCGCAGGAUGGCCAGAUCAGUUGACAUGGGUUUCCUUCAACGACUUAUGGGUUUCCAAUCAACACACUAUUAGCCGAAGCUGUGAUCAGCUCUAUGGAGCACCCAACAAUUCAGAUCAAGAGACACAGGAUCUAUACGACUCGAUAAAACAAAUUGCACAUCAGACACGGGUAGAUCACCGGUUCAUUCUCGCUGCUGUCCUUCAAGAGACCAAGGGGUGUGUGCGAGCGAAGACUAGCACAUCUCCCGACGGUAUCAAAAACCCAGGCCUGCUCCAAUCAUUCAAAGGGACACACUCUUGCAAUGAUGGCAAAGUCCUCAAUCCCUGCCCGAAGGACCAGAUCCUAGGCAUGAUUGCCGAUGGAGUUGGUGGCACAGACGCUGGACAUGGCUAUGCUGCCGACAUCAACGCCCAAAAAGACGUCGAGGGCAUUGAGUACGCCGAGGCAUAUUACCGUGCUGCUCGCUUGUACAAUUCCGGGGCUAUUGACGCCUCGGGUGACCUGGGCAAAGGCUCUGCAACGCACUGUUAUGCCAGCGACAUUGCAAAUAUCUUGGUUGGUUGGACGGAUAGUCAGUCGACUUGCACAUUGGAUGAUAAGUAGGGGACAGACAGCAUUGAAGACUGCGGCAUUGUGUAUUUUGUGGAGUUUGGAUUCUUGCACAAAUCGUGAUCAUUUGCAGGGCGUCCGGAGUCGUGAAAAAAGAUUUCAUUAUGGAGGAUAAAGGGAUUUGUCAACUGCCAGUCAUGGCUAUCACUAUCAGUAAUCUUGACAAUAGCCCUUGUACCCAACAAGAUUUGUG